CCCCCCCUUUCAGUUUGCAUGAGUGGAGCGCUCACUAGCGCUGCCAGUGGACAAUCAGACCCGCGCACCCACCUCCACACACGCUCGCAUUUCUCAUUUUGUUACUUCUACUCCAAAUUACAUCGCUGAGGCUUGGUGGCGCGGAGGAAAGAAGAAAAACCCAGAGAGAAUAGUUUGAAGCGCACGCCGCAGCGAGGCAGCGAACCACCACAUCCGACAUGGAGUCCCCGCCUGAUCCAGCGAGCGACCCGGGCAACAGCGCCUCGGAGCCGGCUACCCCGGUCAGGGAAAGCUCGGUAAGCCUGGAGACGCUCCGGAAAGCGGACCAUCCAGCCCCGGUUCGAAGGCAAACCUGCUCGAGCACCAAUCGAGGCACAAUUACCAGGGCCGUUUCAUCCCACGGAGAAGAACAAAGUAUGGUCUGGCAUGCAAAGCUUUUUCCAAAAGGUAUCUCGGUAACCAAGAAGACACACACAUCUCAAAUCGAAAUAAUUCCCUGCAAGAUCUGUGGAGACAAAUCAUCAGGCAUCCAUUACGGUGUGAUAACAUGCGAAGGCUGUAAGGGCUUCUUCAGGAGGAGUCAGCAGAGCAAUGCGGCCUACUCCUGCCCCCGUCAGAAGAACUGCCUGAUCGACCGCACCAGCCGCAACCGCUGCCAGCACUGCCGGCUUCAGAAGUGCCUGGCGGUGGGCAUGUCACGGGAUGCGGUGAAGUUUGGACGCAUGUCCAAGAAGCAGCGAGACAGCCUCUACGCCGAGGUCCAGAAGCAUCGGCUCCAGCAGCAACAGCGGGACCACCAACAGCAACCCGGGGAGGCGGAGCCUCUCACACCUAGCUACGGCCUCUCGGCCAACGGCCUGACGGAGCUCCACGACGACCUCGGCGGCUACAUGGACGGCCACACCCCCGACGGAACCAAACCGGACUCGGCUAUCAGCAGCUUCUACCUGGACAUCCAGCCCUCCCCGGACCAAUCCGGCCUGGACAUCAACGGCAUCAAGCCCGAGCCCAUCUGCGACUUUGCCCCCGGAUCUGGCUUCUUCCCUUACUGCUCCUUCACCAACGGAGAAACCUCCCCUACCGUGUCCAUGGCAGAACUAGAGCACUUGGCCCAGAAUAUCUCCAAAUCACACAUGGAGACAUGUCAGUACCUGAGAGAGGAGCUUCAGCAGAUGACCUGGCAAGCCUUCCUCCAGGAGGAGGUGGAGAGCUACCAGAGCAAGCCGCGGGAAGUCAUGUGGCAGCUGUGCGCUAUCAAAAUAACAGAGGCCAUUCAGUAUGUGGUGGAGUUCGCCAAGCGCAUCGAUGGCUUCAUGGAGCUGUGUCAGAACGAUCAGAUAGUGCUGCUCAAAGCAGGCUCUUUGGAAGUUGUGUUUGUCAGAAUGUGUCGUGCCUUUGACUCGCAAAACAACACGGUGUAUUUUGACGGAAAGUACGCCGGGCCAGAUGUGUUCAAGUCAUUAGGCUGUGACGACUUGAUCAGCUCCGUCUUCGAGUUUGGGAAAAACUUGUGUUCGAUGCACCUGUCUGAGGAUGAGAUCGCCCUGUUCUCCGCCUUUGUGUUGAUGUCUGCUGACCGAUCCUGGCUCCAGGAAAAGGUGAAGGUGGAGAAACUCCAGCAGAAGAUCCAGUUGGCUCUCCAGCACGUCCUGCAGAAGAACCACAGAGAGGACGGAAUUCUUACAAAGUUGAUAUGCAAAGUGUCGACACUGCGGGCGCUGUGCAGUAGGCAUACAGAGAAGCUCACGGCUUUCAAAGCAAUAUACCCAGACAUUGUGCGUGCCCACUUCCCCCCUUUAUAUAAGGAGCUGUUUGGAUCAGACUUUGAGCAGUCCAUGCCCGUUGACGGGUAGCGGCCCUGCCAGGUGCCAGCGCGCCCGCCAGCGCACCCUAGGGGAAUGUGGAGGUUGGAAUCUGAGACACUUUAUAUCGGUGGCCCGCACAAACCGGAGUGGACAAGAUGGCACGCUGCUCAACAUCUUCUUUUUCAUCCAAGAGUAAGGCUGGUGGAGUUGCUUCUCAAGGUUUUACUUCUUUGGAAGACUUUUGGGGAGGGGGGGGGGGGGCAAACUAUUUCUGACCCCGUUUGAACUUGACCAUUUUUUGCGCAUUUUAAAAUGAUGGAUGUCAAUCAUGAGUUCAUUUACCGGGAUUUGGUUGAACGAUAUCGUUCGACUUGGAAUUGUGUAAAUCCUUCAUUUUGAUGUUUCCAUUUUUUUUAUUAGACACUGAAACCUGCAAUAAUUGUCCCACACGUUUAAAAGUGAAAUGCGCACAAUUUGGUCACGUUCUGAUUUUUUUUUUUUCCUUUCUCGUAUUCAGUCGUAUCUUUUGGACGCAAACUCGCAGCAACUCGGAGGAAGGGGGGGGGGGGGGUCUGUCGACACGUUGAUGCAAUCGGCACCUCUCUGUGGACAAUCGUUUGAAGAUCUGACAGAGGGGGGGAAAAAAUAGAAUUCUGGUAAUUCUACUGAGAUGAUUUUUAGUUGUCAAAAAAAAAAAAAGAAAAACCUCCAUCCACCAUUGUUGCAUAGUGAAAUCAUGUAAGGCCAUCUGCUAUUAAUCCUUCUCUGGACGGGUGCCCCAGAGAAGCACGGGGCACCGACACGUUGAAAAGGCUCCAUUCCACCUGUUUUAUAAUGUACUACAGGGUAUAUGGUCAUAAGUACUUACUAUACAGAAAAAAAGUAAUGUUUAUAGAAUCUAUUUUAAAUAACAUGUAUGAUAUUCGUAGUUAGACGAUUCUUAAUUGUUCAAUUGAUAAGGCACUUUUCUUUACACCUUUGUUUAAUUUAAGACUUGUAUAUUUACCUAGUGAUGUGUUGCAUGUGCACAAGAAGAAAUACAAGUUGAAACCACAGCCGCGGAGGCUCGUCCCGGGAGCUGGAGAUGGUCGUGUGUGUUUUCGGCGUUGCGGCUUUGGUGGUCUUGAGAAGGCGGAUAAGAGAGAUAGGCCCACCUUAACCAAUUUAUUUAGCGCCUGCACAAUGAGAUGCAAGUGAGGCUCAGUUUUGGUUGAUUCUUGCUGGUUGUGUUCAAACUGACCUCUUGCGAAUAUUUUGCUUCUCAUGUAAGGUCACCAAAAUAUUAGGCAAAAGUGUCCAUCUAUUGUUCUAUGCCACUGCGAAUUAGAAGCACAAGAAUUAGGAUAUUUUGAAAUGAUUAUUUUUCUGUUGGGGUCAAUCAAAACUGAGCAAAAAAAAAAAAAAAUCUAUCAUACUUGCAGUUGAUAAUUGAGUGAGUUAAAGCAAAUUGAAUGAAUGAAAGAAUAUCAAAGCACAAAACUUUAUUUGAAUAAAUCUCGCCAAGUAUUUACAAUUUACAAUGAUGAAUUCCCCAACAUUCCCAGGAAAUCACAAUGCCCAAUCCCCCUAAUAUUUUGUCCAGCGCAAUCCAAUUGCCCCAUCUAGCGGAAGGCGGAGGUACAGCAGGUAACAAAACUGCCUCUUGACACUGAAAUAGAUUUUAUUUCUGUUUCUGGAGUGGCUUUAUCUGCCUUCUCAGGCCAACAACGCAGAAAAAAAAAAACAAUGAAGGGAACGUGAAUAUUCAAAGCCUUGUCUGGUCGUAAAGCUUCUAUUUUUGUAACACGUUUUUUUUUUUUUUUAUUUGGUGAAUGAACUCCAGAACGAGAGGAAGGGAGGGAUGUCAGAUAGCACUUAACUAUAUUCCUGCAAUAAUUAGACUAGCGCUUGUUUGUACAAUUAGGGAAGAGAAGCAUAAAACGCUAGGACAAGUGCUAUUUUCAGAAUGCUUUGUUGUUGUGCUUCUGUUUUUGUUGAGUGUGUCUUUCUUGUCGGUGUGGUCGUAAAGUGAUAGAACAAACACACGCACACACGGAAAACCUGAAUGUGCCAAACAGUACUCUGCUUUCUGGUCUGUUAUGUAGAAUGGACUCCUAAAACAUUCCAGCAAAUUCAGUAGCAACUUGGAGGAAGAACUUUAUUUUUAAAGGCGACAUUUCAAGAGAAAAAAAAAAAAGUCUGUGAAAAAGAAAAUAAAAAGAUAUCCCUUUAGAGCGUCACCAACCACGACAUUGAAUCCACUUUUGAUUUGCUGCUUGCACACCAUCAUUCCUUUGCCGUGCAAUGUGCACAAGGUGUAAACUACCGCCUUGUGCUGUCACCCCUCAGGGAAGAGUUUGUUUUUGCGCGUCUUUUUUAGUUUCCGUUUGAUUGUUGCAUUGUUGUGUUAAGGCUGAACGGAAAAAAAAAAAAUUGUCAUUCUCCCCUCCACCCAAUAUCGCAAUUUACAAUACCAUUAUCAGAUUUAUUAGAAUAAAUGUUUUGCUAUUAUAGUUUCGGCUCGAAUAAUAUGCACAGUGGAUUAGUUUGAAAGACACUUUAUUUGUAUUUCAAUUAGCCCGAGUUUGUGUUCAGGGAUGCUCCACCGCACAUAGUCCAGAUUAACACGUGACAUACAAAAAAAAUGAAAUAUCACAAAACCAUCUCCAAGAAAAAGAAACAAAAUCACAAUUUUAUCAGUACUCAUAAACAACAAAAUCUGUUUUAGAUGAAGGUGUCAUCAGGGUCCCUCUUUGUUAGCAAAACCAAAUAUUCUUAUGCAAUACUUAAUCUGUUUGGGUUGUAAUAUUUAUGCUGUACCUAAGUAAUAAUCUCUGUUGUGAUGCACAAGCCCUGUACCACGAGUAAAACCUCAGUCUCCCAGCAGAACAAACUUUCCAGUCUGGAAAAAAUGCUAGACAAUCCAGGAAGGAGAGGCCCGGCCGAGAGGAUGAGGUGUGUCCGCUCAGGGAGGAGACGGUUAUAGACGCUCACACACACACAUGCACACGCGCACACACGUGAAGAGCUGGAAUUUUCCUGAUAUUUAUUCUGUUUCCUUAAACUGCAGGAAUAUUGCUCAACAUGAAAAAAAUUAAGUGUUUUGUAAUGUAUCCUACAGUAAAAAAAAACAAACAAGCAAUAUGGCCUUGUUGUGUAAUUACGGGUUUGACUGACAUGACUCCAAAACGUUUCCAAGUAAUAAAUCCGCCGUAGCUUGCGGCGGGCGACCAGACGCACGAGUCUCCAACAACUUUAAAGAUGUACAGUGGCGUCUUUCUGUACAGUCACACUUCAUGAAGCGAGGGAUUGAUGUGUGCUAAGUGUGCUAUUCAAUCAGUGUAUAGUUUAACGGGUCCUCCUGUCUCUGCUCUGUUGUCUCUUUGUAAAAAAAAAAAAAAAAAAAAAAAAGAAAUAGUUUGUGCGUACGUUUGUGUGUGUUUUGUUGUCAGUGUGAUUAAAUAAAUGAAAAGAAAAAAAACCCAGACAAGGCUUUAAUAAUUACAAAGGAACAGGGUGAUGUGAAUGAAAAGGUCUUGAUAUAUAAAUCUUUUUUUUUUUCCUCUCUUUUGGAAAUGCUGAGCUCCAUCCAUCCUCAGUAGGUAGCAGUUUCAAAGUGUGACAUAACGUCUUCAACAAUGCAACUGGACUCACCAAGCCUGUUGGAAUACGCUUAUUGACAAUUCUAUUUAUAUAUAUAUGUUUUAUUUCUAUUCAAUUUUGGCUGGAAGAACUUGCAUUGUUUAUAGCCCUAUAAUGAAUUCCCUAUCAAGCACGAACGACACUGACUGACAAAGUGAGCGUUCCUGCCGACAAAUUGUGAAAAUGUUAUGUCACGCUUCAAGGUUGGCCGUCAUGUUUUUAACAAAAAAAAAAAAAGGUGUCAUUUUCCAAAGCACAGCUGAUAAGGUUUCAAAGUAGGAAUAUAGUUUAAAAGAAAAAAAAAAAAGCAACUUUUAGCCAUAAUUGAAUGUCAAGCAAUAAUAUAUGUCUUUGUGUAUAAUUUUGGAUUUUUCUUUCCUUUCUGUGCAUAUUAGUCUUUUGAGCAUCUGCAUGUAAAUACACCUCUUAUUUAUCAUGUUUGGGUUGUAUUUUAUUUUUUAUUUGGUUUCAUUUGCACAUCUGGAGUUUUAACCAGGUGGACAACCAAGAACUUGACAUGGCCUGUAAAGUUGAUUCUCUCACUAUUGCUCGCUCUCAUCCUCUGCUGUUCACUCACCAUAUUUAAUAAUAUUGAUCAUGUGUAUAAAGGUAGCUUCUGUCUGUAUAGGUAAGAGGAAAAAAAAAACUGCUACUAAGGCCUACCCGAUGAGAAUAUUGAUGUGCUAAUCAGCUCCACCAUAUUGUAUGGAUAAUUCUACUUUGCUUCUUUCAUUUAGUAUUAGUCUUAGGGUGUGCUGAUUUAUUUUGUGUGGUGCUAGGUACGUUUGUGAACAAAUGAUUAAUUACUAAGCCUGGCCACCCUAUUAGUUGAUUCAUUUCACUGCAUACAGUAUUAAUCUUGAUAUUAGGACUCGAUUAAUGAUAAUGAAAGCGAUAAAAGUUACCCAGCCAGUACCUGUAUCAGUGUGCUCGUCUUGGGGUUAUAAGGGGGACAGUCUAAAAUGUUUCACGUCUAAAAAAAAAGAGAACUUAAUGUCUGACACCAUUGAUUGAUAAAAGCACAUGAUGACAGACAUUUGCGAUCAUCAACACAAUUUAAUCAACCUAUGCCAAUUUUACCUGCUGCAAAUAUUUGAAUGGUCAGUCCAAUAUUUUGGAUUUUUUUGGACAUUAAAUCCCACCUAAUGAGGAAAACGCUUAACGUUCAUGACUUCCCAAAUAUUUAGACGAUCAUUCUAAUCAUUUCAGAUGUUGAAGUGAGCAUAAGUCCACAUUGCCAUUUUAAUUUUAGUCAUUUAAUUUAUGGUAAGCAAUACUGAGAAUUUCUCUGUAAUGAGAAUGCUCAAAAGAGUUGUUGUUUUUUUUAUUGUUUUUAUUUUUAACUUGAUGGCAUUAUGGGAUAAAUGCUACGUUUGUAGAAAAUACGUCCGAACGUACUUAUGCUAAGUACGUUCGGAUGUAUUUGCGAGUACGUUAUUUACCUGCCAGAAUAUUUUCACUCCAAUUUUCUGUAGUUUUAUGUCAAAAACAAUGAAUUGAAAUGUUUUUACCCUUACAUUCAGCGUAUUAGACUGUCCCUAAUUAGGCACUUAUUUCCUUUAGCUAGUAUCGGCUAAGUAACAAGCUAAUUAACGGAUGCUUUGUGGGGAAAAAUUGAUGUUUAAACUGAUGCAGCAGUGUUUUGUUUCUCUUUGUCCGAUUGUAAGUUUUAAAUUCAGCAACAAGAACAGUUUGAGCCUGUAGUUUGUCAAGUAUUUACUGUAACCCGCUGGUUAUCUGCGUAGGCCCUUACACAAUGCAGGGAAGUGGCGCUUUGAUUUUGUUCCGUUGCCCAUUCGGAAGGAAAAAGCGUACACGGAAGGAAGACGUUUCCUCGUCAUUGUAGCAAAUGCUGGCAAUAAAAUACAGUGUAUCACACUGAGUGCCUCUCGGUGUAGCAAAAGCACAUACGUGAUUUUAGUUGUCCUUUUAAGAUCUGUAUUCCGAACUGUGUUUUGUUCAGUUCUCACAAAGUUGUUUUUUUUUUUUAACAUGUGAAACAUUUUCAUGCAGUGUUAAAGGAUUUCAAUGUACGGACUCAUUCCUCUCAUUUUGUCUGGGUGGCAAUUGAAUGCUCAUUUUACACAGGUUACCUGGAAAAAAAUGUCAGUCCACUUUUUUCUUUUCUAUUUUUACCACUUUUCUGUACAUUUCAUGUUGUCGUCCGUGUUGGUCAUGUUCUAAGAAAGUUGAAGCGGAGGUGGAGUCUUUCUUUUUCCAAGUAAGAGCAACGCAAAUUGAGGGAAAGCUCAGAUCAGCGUGUGGUUGUCACCAAUUUUCAAGUCACAUGUUUGCUACUGAUGUUAAAUUAAAUUAGGGGCCAGAUGCUCAUGUACCUUUUGAAUCCAGCUCUUUUGAACUCUCUUUAGCAGGUAGUCAACUCACAAACGUAGUUUUGCUCCUUCUUGUCUGAUGAUUCUUAAAGAUGAAAAUAAGUAUUUUGAUUCAUUUUGUAAAUACGGCUGUAAAGAAAAAUAAGAAAUUUAAUGUUGUCUUUUAAAUACUUUUCAUUCUAAUAUGAAUGUUGUUAUAUUGUACUUAGAAACUGUACCUUUAAUAUUACCUUUAUUAAAAGUGCAUUGGACACAUCGGUUUUAGAUGUGCUUUAUGUGCUGUUAUCCCAUAAUAAAAUUUACCGCUUGUAAUGGG